GUUCAGGUUGCUAAACAAUAUCUUUUUCUUUCCAACAGGACUUUAAUAUGGAUUUACAGCUGAAAGAGUAUUAUAACAAGACACUUGCCACUGAGAAUAAUACCGCUGCCACUAGGAAUUCUGGUUUUCCAAACUGGGACGACUAUAAAAGCAGUGUAGAUGAUUUGCAGUAUUUUCUGAUUGGACUCUAUACAUUUGUAAGCCUUCUUGGCUUUAUGGGGAAUUUACUUAUUUUGAUGGCUCUCAUGAGAAAGCGCAAUCAGAAGACUAUAGUGAACUUCCUCAUAGGAAAUCUGGCCUUCUCUGAUAUUUUGAUUGUGUUGUUUUGCUCCCCUUUCACACUGACCUCUAUAUUGCUGGAUCAAUGGAUGUUUGGCAAAGUCAUGUGCCACAUAAUGCCUUUCCUUCAAUGUGUAUCAGUUCUGGUUUCAACUUUAAUUUUAAUAUCAAUCGCCAUUGUCCGGUAUCAUAUGAUAAAAUAUCCUCUUUCUAAUAGUUUAACAGCAAACCAUGGCUACUUCUUAGUAGCUACUGUUUGGACACUAGGUUUUGCAAUUUGCUCUCCUCUCCCAGUGUUUCAUAGUCUUGUGGGACUUCAGGAAACAUUUGGCUCAGGGUCCAUGAGCAGCAAGUAUUUAUGUAUUGAGUCAUGGCCUUCUGAUGCAUAUAGAAUUGCUUUCACUAUCUCUUUAUUGCUUGUUCAGUAUAUCCUGCCUUUGGUUUGCCUGACUGUAAGUCAUACCAGUGUAUGUAGGAGUGUAAGUUGCGAGUUGUCCAGUAAAGAAAACAGUGUAGAAGAACAUGAGAUGAUCAACUUGACUGUGCAGCCAUCCAAAAAGAAUGGGCCACCAGUAAAACUCUCCAGCAGCCAUAAAUGGAGUUACUCAUUUAUCCAAAAACAUAGAAGAAGAUACAGCAAGAAGACAGCCUGUGUGUUACCUGCUCCAGUGAGUCCUCUACAAGAAAAGCGCUCAGUAAUGCAGCCACAGAAUGGUUCCGUGAGAACUCACUUCUCUUCAUCCAGUAAGAUCAUACCAGGGAUCCCCACCUGCUUUGAGAUGAAGGCUGAAGAAAUCUCAGAUAAUCAUGAAAUGAGAGUAAAACGCUCUAUCAUAAGGUUUAAAAAAAAGUCUCGAAGUAUUUUCUACAGACUGACCAUUUUGAUACUAGUGUUUGCUGUUAGCUGGAUGCCACUACAUCUUUUCCAUGUAGUGACAGAUUUUAAUGAUAAUCUUAUUUCAAAUAGGCAUUUCAAGUUGGUGUAUUGCAUUUGCCAUUUGCUAGGAAUGAUGUCCUGUUGUCUUAAUCCAAUUCUGUAUGGAUUUCUUAAUAAUGGAAUCAAAGCUGACUUGAUAUCUCUUAUACACUGUCUUCACAUGUCAUAAUUUCGGUAU